AUGACAGACAGCCUACCCUUUGAACUAGAAUACUACUCAUCAGACCUUCAUCGAAAUUUUUCGGUUUUUGUUUUGGGAAACAACACAUGUCGUGCUUGUUUAACUCAAGAUGAAGAAAUGCAAUCGUUAUUUCCAGCAGAAGAAUUAUGUUCUUCACAACAACAGAAUGAUUUAUUGAAUAUGUUUCUCUCUUGCACAGCCCUUGAUGUAUCUUAUGACGACCCUUACCCGAAACAUAUUUGUAAUGGUUGUUUCAGUGAACUAAUUGAAUCUUAUAGCUUCUGGAUGAAAUGUAGGCAAUCAAUCGAGCAAUUGGAUAGUUUAACUGAAAGUACAGAUUUAUUAAGCGACGAUGUAAAUGAUUUAAAUUAUAAUAUUAAUGAAACCGAGUUUUCUACAAUAAAUGAAGAAGAAUCUUAUUUAAAGUUUGAUUUGGUUCAAGAUAAUGAUGAUGAAACAGAAUAUAAAAAUGAACAGGUACCUAUUUCCUCAAAUACUGAUGACAACGAGGAUAUUGAUGAUUAUAUAAAGUUUUCAAGCUCAGUAGAUUUAAAUAGUUUCAAUAUUAUUUCUGCAGAACUUGGUUCAUGCAUUCCAAAAUCAUCCCAUAAACCACAAUGUCAUCAAUGUCAAUUAUCAUUUUCUGAUAGAGCAGAAUAUAAAAAGCAUUGGCAAAAAAAUCAUCGAAGGCAAGUACAAACAAAUUCAAAUCAUUCAAAAAAAAUUGAAGCCAUAGAUGAACCAACCGCUGAGAAUGAAUCAUUUGCAGAGAAAGAUCAAGAUCAUAAUUAUGAAUGCCAGGAACUAGUUUUUCCACAAAAUUCUGAAACAGAAAUAGAAAAGUCUGAAGACCAAACGAGCCCAAUGUUGCAAGAUCGUCUUGAUAAUUCACAACAAAAUUCAAGAUUAAAUGAUCGCAUAAACUUUCUUCAAUGUUCACCAGAUUUGAAUAGUUUUGUAGACAUUCCUGACUCUUCUUCACAAAAUUCUUUUCGACAGCCCAGGUGUCACAAGUGCCAAAUGUUUUUCACCAAUAGAACAAAAUAUAAAGUUCAUUGGAAUAAAUAUCACAGUAAAAAUUCUCAAUUACGGUCUGGUUCAGAAAAAUCAGAAACAUCACCUCGUAAACCUGCUUGUCGAAAGUGCCAGUUGUUCUUUCCUAACAAAGCUGAAUAUAAAAAACAUGCAAAGAUCCAUAACUUGCAUUUAUGUCCACAGUGUGGACAUGUCAGCAAAUCUAAUAGUGCCUUGAGAGAACAUUUUACAACGCAUACAAACUUGCGUCCUUAUAAAUGCACUAUAUGCAAUAAGACAUAUAAGUCAGCUACUAAUCUUAAUGUUCAUAAAAGCACUCAUAUUGGUGUGUUAAAAUAUGCUUGUCAACACUGUGAUAAAAAAUUUGUUACUUGGGCAUCAAGAUUUAGUCAUAUAAGGACACAUCAUACUGUUUAUGACAAACAUAUUUGUGAGAUAUGCUCUAAAGGUUUUCCUGAUGCCAAUAAGCUUCGCAUUCAUAUAAGGUUUCAUACAGGUGAAAAACCUUUUGCUUGUGAAGAUUGUGAGAUGGCUUUUAAAUCUAGUGGUGAGCUAGUUAAACAUAAGCUUAAACAUUCUGGUAUUCGCAAUUAUUCUUGUACAGAAUGUGGUAAACGAUUUUUAACUUCUAAACAUGUCAAGCAACAUAUGGUUGUUCAUACAGGGGAACGUAAAUAUAAAUGCGAAAUCUGUGGAAAAGGUUUCACACAAUCACAUGUGUUGCGUAGUCAUCUGAAAAUACAUGAAAGGCAAGCAUUAAUAGAUAAUGAUCUUCAUAAUGAUGAAAUGUGA